GUUGCCAUAGCAACGGUCGCACUUGUAAUACGUCAUUGUCGCAAACAAAGAUGGCUGCGCCCUGAACGUGAAUUCGUGUUAUUAUUCGCGAACUGCUAGGAUUGUGUUAGUAUUUCUAACUUCUGCUUGCCUGUGCGUGAUGAGCUAGUGUACACAUAUUACCCAGACAUUAGAGUGCACUACCAUCACAACGUUUUAAAAUGAGCUCGGAUGCAGAGGAGUUAAUGCCCAGGCUUCUGCCAGUGGAAGCAUCAGAUUCUGAAGAGUUGGAUCUCGGUGAAACACCCAGAAAUCCACAAGAAUACCUUCGACAAGUUCAACGCGAGGCAUCCCUCUGCCCAGAUGUUGUUGUUGCGAAAAUAGAUCCAAAAAAACUGAAGAAACCAACAGUGAAUGUGUCGUUCACAGCCUGCCAAGCAGCCCCUGCUGGUUUCUCACCAAGUCUGAAGUGGCAGCAAAAGCAAGUCAGCAACUUCUCAGAAAUAAGACAGAGUGUUCAGAAGCACCGACUACAAUGGAAGGGGAAGAAACUUGAUGACAACGUAGUUAUGCCUAAAAUGGAGGAUGAAGAAGGGUGGAAAAGGUUCUGCCUGGGUGAGAGUGUUUAUCUAGACUCUCUUGAUGACAAAGCAGAUGCUGACGCAGGCCUCAACUAUGUUAAGAUUGGAUUCCCACCCUUUCUCAGCAUUGUCAGCCGGUUGAAUCAGGCAACUAUUAGCGCAGUGCUUGAACAUUUGAUGAAUUGGUUUGAAGAGAAAUCGUUUGUCCCUCAGCUGGGUAGGUGGUUAUAUGCAUUGUUGGCAUGCCUUGAGAAACCUCUUCUUCCUGAAGCACAUUCCCUCAUUCGACAACUUGCACGGCGAUGUGGCAGUGUACGAGUCACGUUGGAGACCAAAGAAGAUGACAGAUUGUCAGCACUCAACUUAUUGAUUUGUUUGGUUGCCAGAUACUUCGAACAGAAUGACCUGGCAGAUAAUGACUGACUGGAUGUACAGAUGCACAGAAAAUUAUCUGGAUCUUUUGACCGUUUGUUUUUAGCCAUGGCUGCCCAGUGCUUUGAAGUUCCUUGACUGAGAGGCCUUGUUUUUUAAGUACAUGAGCAUGUUUGACACUCUUGAAGUGUACCCAUGUGAUUUAAUUUUUGUUUAAUAAAAAGUAUUUUGUA